UCCGAGCAAACUGUACACGGUGAGGAAAAGCUCUACCUCGACUGAAGUUCGUCCUACCAACAAAAUGCUUUACUUGGAGGUGAAGAGAAUGUGUUGUAGUUAAAAGGCAACCGAUAACCAGGCUGAUGACGUUGCCGCUGGGCUCGAUGUGGCUGCUGUUGGCAUUCUCUCUGGUGUUUACUCCUGUGUCUGUCGGAGCUUGUUCUACUGAGGAGUUUAGCUGCUCCCAGGGCCUAUGUGUGCCUGAGGACUGUGUGUGUGACUUCACCGACAACUGUGGAGAUGGCAGCGAUGAGGGAGACUGCUCCAGAUAUAAGAGGUGUGACUUUGAGGAGGGAUUCUGUGACCUGUUCCAGAGCUCAGAGACGCUCUCUGGAUGGACCAGAACAGCUGAAGUCCCGGGACUUAAACAAGACCAGACCAGGAACACAUCAGCACAUUUCCUGUCCCUUUUACCUGUCAGUGGAAACAGAACCACUGCAGACCUGAACAGUCCCAUCUUCUUGCCCACUCACACUUGCCAGAUGAGUUUCUACUAUUAUGUUGGGGCAAAACAUGGAGAUCUUCAGGUCUUGGUUCAGUCUCACGCACUGGGUCAGAGCACAGAGGUGUGGAAACACUCCACACAACCACAGAUAAAAAUGUGGCAGCGGGCAGUGAUUAAGUUUUCCAGCAAUCACAGUUUUCAGGUGGUGCUUCGAGGGCUGAAAAGCAAAAACUCUGAGGUCCUGGCCAUCGAUGACCUAUCCUUCAGUCCCGGCUGUGUGACUGUGCCUGAGAGCAGUGUACCUCCUCCUGUUUGCCCUCCCUCGUUGUUUGCCUGUGGCAGUGGGGAGUGCAUCGAGGAGAGCAAAGUGUGUGACUUCACCCCACAUUGUCCCCAAGGAGAGGAUGAAGCCAGCUGCUCCUCUGAGUGUGACUUUGACGGUGGAUCUUGUGGCUGGUACGAGCUCACCCUUGGCGAUGGCUUUGACUGGGUCAGGGGCUCUACUGUGGACGUACCUCCAGACUACCACCCACCACCUCUGGACCACUCUACAAACAGCACUGAGGGCCACUUCAUGUUUAUAUUGAAGAACAGUAGCAGUCUUUAUCCAAGGGCUGUUCUCCGCGGACCCUGGUUCAAACAAUCGGCCUCCGGGUGUACCAUGACCUUCUGGCAUUAUAACUCUGGUAUCUCCGUGGGGGCUGCAGACAUGUACCUUAGAAUCAAUGGAGUUCAAAAUAACACUGUUAUAUGGAGGACUUUGUACGACCAAGGAACCCGUUGGAACCAGGUCACCGUACAGCUGGGACGCAUCACCCAGCCCUUCCAGAUCGCUCUGGCUAAGAUCAGCCUCGGAGUGUUUGAUGGGGUCUCCGCCUUGGAUGAUAUCACCUUCAAGAACUGUUCACUGCCCCCUGCAGUGGUGGUGUGCCACGCACACACACAUUUCCACUGCGUGCAUACCAAGGCAUGUGUGGAGCACUUGCAGCUCUGUGACCUUGUGGAUGACUGUGGGGAUGGAUCCGAUGAGGAAGGAUGUUCUCCAGAGCUGCAGUGUAACUUUGAACACGGACUGUGCAGCUGGAAGCAAGAGCAGAGUGGAGGAGAUGUGUUUGACUGGACCCGCAUCCGAGGCCCCACUCCAUCCUUGAACACGGGGCCCUGGAAGGACCACACACUGGGCACCAGCUAUGGCCACUACCUCUACAUCGAGUCCUCAGUCCCCCAGGAGUUCAAAGACACAGCCGUGUUGCUGAGCAGAGUCUUCCAACCCACCCACCAGCGCGGCAAGGACCCGUCCAGCUCCCGCCACCACUGUGUUUUCCGCUUCCAUUACCACAUGUUCGGCUCACAUGUGUUCUCUCUGGCAGUUUACCUCAGGACCAGCGCUACAGGGCGUGGGCACAUGCUGUGGGUACGAUAUGGAGACCAAGGAAACCUAUGGCACAGGAAGACUGUCUACCUCUCCAGUGCUCGGCCGUUCCAGAUUUUGAUAGAAGGUACAGUUGGUGAUGAUUUUAAUGGAGACAUUGCCAUUGAUGAUCUUUCCUUCCUGGACUGCGAACCAUAUGAAGGAGAGCUCCCCACAGCGAAUACCACAAACCCUGCAGUGACCACUCCAGCUCCCACAGUUCAGCCCCACAGCUGCCCUGAUGGAGAGUUUGUGUGUGUGGCACAUGGAGAGUGUGUUGCCAACAGCAAAGUGUGUGACUUCAGACGGGAUUGUUCUGAUGGCUCAGAUGAAUUAAACUGUGUGAAGGAAUGGUGCGAUUUUGAAGGUGGUGACACUUGUGGUUGGAAGGGCAUCGACUCCUCUUUGGACCCAAUCCACGCAUUUCGCUGGUCCCCUGACCAAGGGGUGAGCAUUCAUGAUGGAGAACAGUACCACCGUCCUAUUAAUGACCACACCCUAGGCGGUCCAGAGGGUUGGUAUAUGUGUGCAGACAGUUCCAACGGUGGCUACGGUCAAACCACUGUCCUCCAGACACCUGCCAUCUCCUCCACUGGGCCACACUGCACACUGGUCUUCUGGUACUACAUGUGUGGAUUCACAGUUGGAUCGCUACAAGUGCUGUUGAAGUAUGAAAACGUCACUCAUGAGGUUUGGUCUCAGACUGGUAACCAAGGCAACAAAUGGAGAAGAGGAGAAGUGUUUUUGGGGUUAUCAAACAACGUCCAGGUGAUGUUUAGGGCGAAGCGAGGGAUCAGCUACAUGGGCGAUGUGGUGAUAGAUGAUGUCAGCUUCCUGCACUGCUCCCCUCCUCUUCCUUCAGACGGGCCAUGUACACCUGAGCAGUACGCCUGCGCUAAUGGCCACUGUAUCCCUCAGGACAACCUUUGUGACUUCAUCAACCACUGCGGGGACAACUCUGAUGAAGAACCCUACAUCUGCAAGGGCUUUAGCGGGCGCUGCAGUUUUGAGUUUGACCUCUGUUCCUGGCGUCAGUGUCGACAGGAUGACUUUGAUUGGCUGAUCAAAGCAGGCAGCACUCCCACAGUUGGCACUGGGCCAUCGAGUGACCACACCCUGAGAGACCCCUCGGGGCACUACCUGUACCUGGAGGGCUCCUUCCCCCAGGCAGCCGGAGACGCCGCCCGCAUAUCGGGACCCUUACUGAGCCGCAGGAGCUCUCAGUGCAAGAUGCGUUUCUAUUUUCACAUGUCUGGAGACGGCCUCGGGACCCUCAGUGUGUACAGGAAAAGCGAAGGGCAAUUUCAUCUCUUUCUGAACCUGACAGGAGAUCAAGGCAACUAUUGGCAGAUGAGGGAGAUCCCGCUGAGCCACAACAGGGACUUUCAGGUCAUGUUUGAGGGCAAGGUGGGCCGAAGCGAAAAGGGUGACAUCUGCCUGGAUGACAUCACUUUUUCUCCAGGGUGUCUGCUCGCCUCCUCACCUAGAGUAGAGGACAACACUCCUCCUGCAGGCUCCUGUCCUUCAGGUUUGCUCCCUUGUGAAAAUGGCAGAUGUUUCACUCCUGGGCAGAGCUGUGACUUCACUGAUGACUGUGGUGAUGGCACUGAUGAAAAGGAUUGUGGGACUUCCUGCUCCUUUGAGAACGGGCGCUGUGGCUGGAGGAGCUCCUUGGCCGAUAAUUUUGAUUGGACGCUAGGGACCGGAUCUGUGAAAAGCAUACGGCCUGCAUAUGAUCACACGUUGAUGGAUGAAAGCGGUCAUUUCGUCUUGCUGGAAGCUACACCAGUUGGACUCAAAGGCGAUAAGGCUCACAUUAGGAGCUCUGUUUGGAAAGAGUCGAGCGUCAUCUGCAAGCUCUCCUUCUGGUAUUACAUUUCCCACAAGGCCUCAGGAAUAAUCCGCCUGCUGAUCAAGACGGAGAACGAUUUGUGGGAGGCGUGGAACAAAACGGGGCAUCAAGGGCAUAAAUGGAACCGAGCGGAGAUCCCUCUGAGGAAGCUGAGGAACUUCGAGGUGAUAUUUGAGGGCAUCCGCUCGAGGGACAUGAGUGGAGGAGCUGCCCUGGAUGACCUGGAGUUCAUAGACUGUGCCCCAAAUGUUGUGCAGCCGCACAGUUGCCCUGCAGUCACAGACUUUGUGUGUCACAGUGGCCACUGCAUUGAGUCCCACCUGGUGUGCGACAACAAGGCUGACUGUGCUGAUGAAUCAGAUGAGAUAGACUGCGCACACAUAGUCGGCUUGCCGGGGGCUUGUAAUUUCAACAUGGAUGAGAACCAGUGGGAAGAUACCUGCCAGUUUUCUCAGGACGCUGAUGAUGACUUUGAUUGGAGGAUCGGUCAUCGGAGUGAGACACUAGGAACUGGACCUAACGCUGACCACAGUCCUGGUGGUGGGGGGAACUUCCUUUACAUACACUCAGCCACUCAAAGGGAGGGCGACGUUGCCAAGGUGACAACCAAGAGUCCAUUUUCGACCAGUAUCGGCCUGUGUCACCUGCGCUUCUGGUUCUUCAUGCACGGCUCUGACAAGAUGGGAACGCUGAAGGUCUACACUGUUGGACCCAGUGGCACCAGUCUGCUGAUGUGGGCAGCCACUGGAAACCACGGUAACCAGUGGACAUACGCUAAUGUCAUCCUUUCCAACCCAGCACCUUUCAGAGUGACCUUCCAGGCAGAGGCGGGUGGAGACAUGUGGACAGACAUUGCCUUGGAUGACAUCUCCUACACUGCAGAGUGUAUGGUACAAGGACCAGUAACUCCCCGGCCUCUGACCUGUGGUGUGGACCAGUACCAGUGUACGUACUCCUAUCAGUGCAUCCCGGAGAGUUGGAGGUGUGACGGAGAGAUGGACUGUGCUGACCAGUCCGAUGAAGAGUUUUGUCCCACUGUGGAACCUGGUACUCUUCCGCCUCAGGGUCGCUGUCCCAUUGGACAUUACCAGUGUUUGAAUGAUGUGUGCAUCCCCUCCAUACUGCGCUGUGACGGCAUCCCAGACUGCCCUGAUGGAGAGGAUGAGUACAGCUGCCGUCUGCUGCAGUGUGAGCUGGGAGAACUUGUGUGUGAAACUUUGCCUGUUUGUAUCCCACUUCAGAAGCGUUGUGAUCACUCUGCAGACUGUCUGCCUUUUUACUCUGAUGAGUCCAGCUGCCAUGAUUGCCCUCCGCUGUAUUGCCUGGAUCAUGGCUCAUGCGUUGUGGAGAAAUAUGGGCCUGUUUGCAUGUGUUAUCCAGGAUGGACAGGCAACCGUUGCCACGUGAGGGAGAAACCAUCUCUUUCUACCUCGACACCCAAACCAGAGGACACACAGCUGGACGCUGUGUAUGUUGGCAUCGCCAUCGGACUGCUGCUGCUUGUAGCCGGAAUCUCUGUCUGCACUCUGGCUGUAUACAAGAAAAAACACUACCUAAUAAAGCCCGACCCAAUGGACUACGGAGUGAUGGAUAACCCAGCCUCUGACUGGAGAGCAGAGCCCCCAUGCCUGCAUGAAAGACCAGGCUGUUGUCCCAGACUUAACCCCAGCAGGAUUGAUGGUAGGGGCCUUACCAUCAGUGUCUACCCCUGGAGGAGGGAGGUGGAGCAGUGUUUAACCCGGAAAGAUGCCAAGCUGUCCUUCGCCAACCCACUGUACAAUCACCCCCCUGAUGCUAAUAGCGCUGACUACAAAAGCUCUGAAGCAUAAAAACAAUGGACUUUACAUUUUGACACAGCAAUAGAUCUGGGUCCAUCAGUGUGUGCACAUACUUGAUGAGUUUGUCUAAACCUGCUGAGGUACCAAGUGGCGGGGAAACAAUGCAAAUAAUGAAAGAAAGUUUGGAUAUUUUCCAGGAAAGUAUUUGAAUGUCAAUUUUGAUACACUGCUGUUGUGAUUUACAGCUGGGUUAUUAAUAAUCAAAUGAAUAAUGUGAAAAACACUUUCUUUAAACCAAUCGCAGUCGUCUUGGGCAGCGCUAUGUUUCCAACACAGCAACGGUGGCUCUGCAAAAUAGUCUUGAGAAGGAACUUGAACCCGCGAAUGAAAAACGCCACGUAAAAUAUUAAAUUAGUAACAUGAGCUAAUUAAACUAGCUGGAUACAUGGUUAAAUGUAAUUUACUGUUACCAGUGUAUCGCCGUGUGUAUUUUCUCCAUAGCAAUGCCCACUAAUCCCAAAACGUCCCAGUUAGAUCGUAAAUUCCGUAAACAAAUUCUUUGUAAAUCUUUACAAUCAUUCCCACGAAAAAAUCAAGCUGGCCUGCUUUGUUGCAUGAUCCAAAUUUUGCCAUUUUCAGCAUGUAGCUUGCUAAUUUUAAGUUUGUUGUUGUUUCCCGAAGCAAACAGAGUUUGAGAACGCAACACACAGGGAGCAGAAGGCAAUGGACAUCCAGCGCCACUACAAGCAAUUAUCCUGAAAAUAUACUUCUGUUGAUCCAGAUUAGUUUAGCCUAACAUAAAGACUGGAAGCAGCCGUAAUCAUGUCAAAAUGAGCAUUAGAUCAAAUCCCCAAAAAAUAGGUUUUGGCCAUUUGUAAACUAAAUACAACCAGUGUUGCAGUUUAGCAGGAGUGCUUUAGUACUCUUGCAGUAAGGGUUGUGAGUGCCUUUAUGAUUAAAGGUUUUCUUUAGUGCUGGCAAAAGCAGAAAACAUCCAGUUCAUUGAACUGAAAGACUCCACUGAACACACAGAACUGACUUCAUUAGUGAUCCUUUUUAAUCCCCACAUGUGCAAAUAAAAUAGUUUGCCCCUGUUUUAUUUACAACAAUAUUACAAGUCAGCACCCUGCAUUGCAUGUGGUGUGAACUGACUCUCAAACUCUCCGUUAUCAACCAGCGCUGAACAGAUAGAUCAUAAACACAGCACGGUUCAACCAGUCUGUUAUAAAUUUGACAAGUGUUCAGUCAUGGCUCUUCUCAGCUGUGUCUCAUCAAAGAGGCCAUCAUAAAUGACCUUCUCAUAUUUGACAGUUAACAUGAUGAUUUACAAGAAAAGUCCAUGUUCUGUAUAGUGAGAUAAAUUAAAUAGACCAUCAGUUUGUGUAGGAAGCUUCCUUUGAGCCUCAAUAAGUACUGCUAAUAUUUCAGGUUAAAAUUCAGUUGAAGAAAUUUUUGUGAAACAUUUUGUGAAAUAUGCUGAAUUGUUUUCUUGCCCAGAUUUACAUGAGAAGAUUGAUAAUCCAUUAAAUAUGUUGUUAAACAGCUAGCAGCCAGUUAACUUAGCAUAAACGGGUAAACAGCCAGCCUGGCUCUGUCUAAAGGCAAAAAAACUUACCAGAACCUCUAAAGCUCUCAUCUAACUCUCGGGAGACAGCAAAUUCUGUAAAAGCAUUUCCUAAAAGAAAAACAACUUCUUUUAAAUCAUGUUAGAAAAAACAAUUAUAUCCAAUGUUGCAUAAAUAAUGUCUUAAAUCAUCAUCUUCAUUAUCAUCUUCCGUUGCUCCUGAUUGGAUUUUUAAGACUUUUUGCAAUCUGGUGUGUCACAGUUGCACUGCUGAAUUAAGAAGGAAAGAAAGGGUCACAUUGUUGCUUUGUUAACAUAUUACACCGAUAUCGUCGACUACAUGUACUGAAUUUUGAUGAAACUAAAUAAAAACUUGAUGUGAUUAGGAUUGUAUCCCCUACUGAUGAGCCCAACGUGGCAAUGCCCAUUAUUAGAUCUUUCUUGCACUUGUUUAACUGUCUAUUUGUCCACUUUUAUUUCCAAUAUUAAUAAAAUAGUACUGACUUGCAAAAACCCGUUCUGCUACAAUUAAUGAGACUUUGUUAUUGACUAACACUUAAUUAUCCAAUGAGCCAUUUUCAAAGAACACAUUUUGUCACCGUACUAGA